GUAAAAAUCCACUUGAUCAGUAUUUUGUUGAGUGACGGCAAUACUAUGCCAAUAGUUCUGAUUACCCAUUGAUUUACACCUUGCUCUGCACAGCUGACUAAGCUUGCUAUGGCCGUGGACUAGACGAUAUUCUGUAGAUGGUGGCGGCUUGCUACUAGUUAGUCCCGAUAGAUUAUGGCUCUGACACGGGGUCAAGAUGCUCCUUUGUCGAAUGGUGGCCAGUCGCCAGAGCAGGCUUUGGCAGCUUCUUUGCAUAAUACUCUGGCUGUCAAGACGAAGCACAUUGAUAGUCUGGUUGCUCACGUCCGUGACCUGCGAGCAAAGCUCAACCACCAGUCAGAAGAAAUGGCUGCAUUCAGUUCAGGCACGCAGGAGCGUGAGAAUAUCCUCAGGCAACAGAAUGCCCAGCUCUCGCAGCAAGUUCUGAAACUGGAGCGCACCGUUGCACAGCAGGAGAAGUCUGGCCGGGAGCUAACGAAGCGUGCUGAGAACUACUGUGGCAUGGCGGCCGAGAAACAAGGACAGCUGGAUCAAUGCGCAGCUUUGCAGCAGCGGCGUGAGGAGGAGUCGCGCAAUGCCCUGGAUGCACUGCACUAUCAACUGAAUGUCCUGCGCGAUGGCAAGAGCAAGACUGUCCACGGCCUGCACAGGAAACUCAAACAGGUGGAGUCCAGAGCUGAGCAAUCUGAGCAGCAACUUGCUGCAGUGCAAGAUGACCGUGAUGCAUGGAUAGAAAAGGCCAAGGCUAUGGAGCAGAGUGUGCACACCGAACAGCAGCAUGUUGCUCAGUUGAGAAGCGAAAUGCAAACUGUCCAUGACAACUGUAAGAAGCUACACCACACAGUAGAGAAGUUGGAGGAUACCAAUCAUCAGCUCGAAAAUACUGUCCAGGAGAGAGGUCGUGAUCUGUCUGAACUGCGUCAGACCAAUGAGAGUCUGAGGGAUCGAUGCCAUCAACUGGAAGAGCAGCAGCUAGAAGCCAACCGUGAAGCAGCUCAGCGUUUGAAUGAGGUUUCUGUUAGUGUUAAGCGUGUUGUUCAGGAGUGUGAGAACCUACGUACAGAUCUCACCAGUACACACAAGGCACUGUCCGAGUCACAUCGGCGCGAGACCUCUGCCAGAGACCAGCUGGAUGAAGCUAAUGAACGUUUGAACUGCAAGUCUGCAGAGUGUGACAAGUUGAGCUCAUCGCUUGACACCACCAUGCAGGAUUUACAAGAGUUGCGCAAUGGUCAUCAUGCCCAUCAAACCGAGACUGCUAUGUACCAAACACUGCUCAAAGACCAGAGUGAGCUGCUGUCGACAGUGCGCAGGGUGGCAGAGGAGGAAGCUGUGCGCUAUCAGAAAGUGCAGCAGCAUCUGGAACAGGAGUUGAAGGUCGAGAAGGACAGGAAUGCAUCGUUUUCUCAACAGGUGAUGGAAUUGAAAGGCUCUAUUUCAAAGUACCAGGGUGGCCGGUCUCUGGCUGAUGCAUCUCUUGAUUCUGGCUUGGCUGCUAGCACCCUCUCUCUGGCCACGGCUGCUGCGAAGAUGGCUAACUCCAGUGGCUCAGCGUCCGAAGUGAUCACCAACCUGCAGCAAGAAGCCGAGUUGCUGGACAUUAGGUUGACUGAGGAAAUGGAGAAGCAUGUGGUCACGCUACGCAGGUUACAUGAUGUUGAGGAGGAGAACAAUCGCCUGUGUGUGCUAGUGGCUGGUUCACCUGUCAAAGAAAAGCUUUACCGGAGGCAACGUGGUCUUGUAUCCAAUGCUAGUCAAUCACCUGCUGCAGGUUCCACUGGCUCUCCAAGGCAUGCUGAGACUGGCCAGUGCUCUGUGUCUGCAUCACCUGUGACAUCACACCAACAUCAGCCUCACCACUACAGCCCCUGCACGACCAGCGCAAGUAGCCCAACACCAUCACUGGCUACGUCACCCCUGCGGACAAAGAGUAGUGCCAGCAGCAUGAACAGCAGCAUGCUGCAGCUUACUCCAGAACGAGAGGGGCAACAACACUCUCACCAACAACAUCCUCCACAACACUCUCACCAACAACAAGACCUCAUCAGCCUUAGCUCUCCACUCGUGAAUGGUCUGGAUGCAUCAUUGCUGCAGGGUCCAUCCACAGAUAUUAGCUUUGUCUCACAGCCGACCAGUCCUGCUACAAGAAGAACCACCAACCAUGCACAGAGCAGCAGCGCUGUAAUAGCAGUAGCAACGUCUCUACCAGCCACACCAGUUCAAACCCAUUGCCACACAGCCACACCAGUUCAAACCCAUUGCCACACAGCACCUGCAGCAGCAGCAGCAUCAACGGCAGCAGAUAGGCGUGCCUGGACCAGUCCAGCUCGCAAGUCAGCCGUUCCAUCUGAUGCUUCUCUACUUGCUCAGUCACUUGUCCGCCGCGCACUCUUCCAAGACUUGCCCGGGACUCAACGGUGGCACAAGUCGGCAAAUGAAGAGAAUGGGAGCAGGCAUGCUGACCUGGCUAGGCCUCUAGAGUUGUCAUUUUCUGAGAGGCUGGAUGCCGUACAGCAGCAGUACGAAGAGCAGAUGAAGAAAUCCGUGCACGAGAAGCAGUUGGAGGUAGAGAGGCUACAGAGUGGGCUCACGUCCUCUCAGCAAACAUCAGAUGACCUUCGGAAACGGCUCAGUGAGUUUGAAUCUGACCUCAAGUCCGUACAGCAGAGUGCAACGGAGGCAUCUCAGCGCUGCCAUGGCCACCAGCAGCUCUUGGUGUCGCGCACAGAGCAGCUGAAGCACACUCAGAUUGAGGUAGAGUCACUGAGAGCAGAGCUGGCCAGGAGUAAUCAGUCCCUUCAUGAUAUAGUCAGCUUGAACUGGCCUGUAUCUGAGGGUGAGUCUGUAGAAGCAUGUACUGCCAGAGUACUGGAAGCAUAUUACUCACUGCCACAGUCACUCAAGUCUUCAGAGGAACGCUAUAGUCAGUGUCAUGCUGCACUACAACAGAAGAUUAAUGAAUACGAGCAAUGUCUGGGGGAGAACAGCCAUCUAACGGCAAAGCAUGCAUCGGAUCUCACUAGAAAUAUGGAGCGCAGCUCUCUUGCCUUGGAGCAUGAGAAGGCUGCAUCGGCCAGAGAGCGAGAACGGAUGCGUGAGGAGAAUGACUCGCUGCGCUCUACAGUAGCUGAGUGCAAUGCGCAGAUGCAGCUGCUGCAGUCGUCAAGAGACAAACAGCUUUGCGACUUGCAUGACCAGCAGCACGCAGAGCUGGCAGGGCUUGCCAAUAAGCAACAUGCCGAAGUGGAACUGCUGCAGUCUUCACUGGCUGAGCAUGGGCAGCUGCUGGCCGCUGCCCAAAGUCACCAUACCACUGAGCUGGUCAUGAAUCGACAGCAUACUCAUCAACUGGUUGAAGAGGAGCGGAAACUAGCUGAUGAGAAACUAGCUUCGCUGAAUGCUGAGUGUGCUGCUCUGAAGUGUAGUAUUGCUGACUAUGAGCAGCAGGUGGAUAGUGUUAGUAAGCAGUAUGCUGAGUCAGCAGCUUGUGUAGAGCAACUCAGUGGGCGAAUGGCCGCUGAAUCGCAGUCAGCACAGGAUGUACAGCAAUCCAUGAAAUGUACCAUUAGUAAACUGGAAGCCGAUCUACAACUCCACAUGACACAAAUAAAUGACUUGAAGCAACAGUUGCUCGAGCAGCAGCAGGAAGCAGAGGCAAAACAGAACCAGGCUUUUCACAACGAGAAAGUAUAUAAGCAAGAUCUGGCUGCCGCUGAGCAAAGCCUGCAAAGCCUGCAUAGCAAAUCUACAUGUUUGAAUAAUGUGCACAGUGAACUAGCUAUGUGCCAUGCAUCUCUGUUGGCUUGGUGGUCAAAUGUGCCAUCACUCGCUGGCUGGAAGCGCAUCGAAGCAAGUGUCCCGACUGCUGGAGAUGUAGCUGACAAGUGUGGAGCUGUAUUUGUGGAUGUAGCAAGCGAGAGUGGUGUAGUGGAGCUUGCACUUACACUUGUAGCUUGUCAUGCUCAACUGCGCACUGUCAUUGAUGUACUAAUUGACUCUGCUCUACUGGCCUCUUCACAGGUACCCUCAUCUAGUGCUGUUGAUGUCGAUGUUGAUGGUAUCGAUAGUGGCAGUGUGCAGUAUACAUCAGCACAGUCCGGUGAUAUUUUGCCCACCCUGGAUCAACUCAUUGCUAGUGAGAGCAGUCAGGUGCUGGCUCUGCGGGCUAAACUUGAGGAGGUCAUGAUGGAAAAGAAAAAGACUGCCAGCUCCUGUGGGUCCUUGUCAACAGAGUUGUCUAAGAAGUCCUCCCAGGUUGACGUUCUGGAACAUGAAGUCCGUGACUUGCAGCAGCUGGCUGCCACCAAGAAAUCAUCUGUACCAUUGAAGCAAGCAAGCAGCAUAGCUUUGGCACACUCCUUACCAGCAUCACAGGAAUCUACGCACACACCAGUGCCGGGAGCAGAGCCCACAUCAGUAGCAGUGGCAGAAGAGCCCACAUCAGUAGCAGUGGCAGAGCAUCAUGGUCAUGUGCAGGAGCUACACGAAUUGAGAAGUCGGAUUGUUGAAAGGGAUCAAUUACUGAACAAGGCACAAGAAAUGCUUGAGCAGGCAGCUGUUGAUAAUGAACAGCUUGGCCAACAGCUUACUGAGAAAUCAGGUGGCAUGAUGGCUGCAGGUUUUGUGUGCUGUCAUUGCAAGUCGCAAAAGGUGUAUCGUCAGCUUACUUAUUGCAGAAUGCGACUGGGUUACUGCUUGCUGGAACUACGUGUUUACAAGCAGGUCACUGCAGAGCUGCAAGGUCGAAUAUCUCAGCUUGAACUACACCUGAAGCUUGCCGAUAACCAGUAUCAGCUGUGCCAUGAAAAGCUCCUCUUGGCUGAGCAGUUAGGACUGAGUGACGAGUCCUUUACUGAGUCCACACAUUCGCAAUCCCUGGACAACUCACCGCAGUGUCAACAGUCACUUAAAGCCCUGUUGCAGUCUCCCGCUUGUUCUCCUCCUAAGCGCCGCCAUUCUUUCAAGUCGCUCCGCCAAUCUCCAACGAAGCCCCUUUCCUCCUCUCCGCUUCCUCUGAAUCAUCGCCAGUCUCCGACUAAGCCCCUUUCCGCGUCCCCACUUCCUCUGAAUUUCACCUAGCACUGGACAGCUAAACUGUGCGCGCAUGUAUAUCUUGUGUUCUUCUACUAACUUCUUUAACCUCGCCACCAUCACUUUUUAUCAGCUUGUGUGCGGUUGUAAUGCUGCAAAGCUGUUCAUGAUCAUCUACAGAGUACUAAGUACAUGUAAUCAUGUACAUGCAAAACAGUAUAAGUACCGCUCCAUUCCCCCAUGCCCAAGCCCGCUCCAUUCGCAAAUGCACUCCCUUGGAUGCUCCUUUGGAUUAUUUUUUAUUACAUGUAUUUCCAGCCUCUAUUAAACCGUACAAUACAGUCCUAAUAGAAGAAGAA